AUGGAAAUAGUACCCUUGCCGGCUCUGUGUAAGUCUAGAGAGAGAAACAGCAUAUUCAUCGAAGGAUAUUUCUGUAAAUACAUUAAUCGAACCACGCUGUAUUAUUCCGAGUCAACUCAGUUGGUGGAUCGGAGGUUUCGUGAAUCGCUUCUCGUCUAUGGUUGUUGUAUUGUUGUUGAGUUCUUGAUUAAUCCACGUUGA